AUGAACUGCAGCGAGAGCCGGCGGCUCCAGCGCCUGCUGAGCCGGCUGUGGCAGGAGCUGCGCGGCGGCGGCGGCGGCGGGGCGGUCCCGGUCCCGGUCCCCAACUCCAGCCGCCCCGACGGCGGCGCGCCCUCCCCGGCGUCCCCGUGGGGCGGCGCGGACGACGCCUACCUGUACAUCCUGCUGAUCAUGAUCUUCUACGGCUGCUUGGCCGGGGGCCUGAUCCUGGCCUACACGCGCUCCAGGAAGCUGGAGUCCAAGCACGACCCCUACCACCUCUACAUCGAGCGCGACUGGACGGCGGCGGGGGCGGCGGGGGCGGCGGCCCGGGAGCCCAGCCUGGACGAGGCGAGGAGCAGCGGAGACAGCGAGGAGCAUCCCUGA